AUGAUCGUGUUCGUGCGGUUCAACUCCAGCCACGGAUUCCCAGUGGAGGUGGAUUCUGCCACCAGCAUCCUCCAGCUCAAGGAGGAGGUUGCUAAGCGACAGGGGGUUCCAGCUGACCAGCUGCGCGUGAUUUUCGCAGGGAAGGAGCUCAGAAAUGACCUGGUAGUGCAGAGCUGCGACCUGGGCCAGCAGAGCAUCGUCCACGUGGUGCUGAGGCCCGGGAGAGAAGGCCCCGCCACGGCCACCGGCGGGGACCAUCCCCGGGGCGCUGCAGGGGCCUUCGUGAGGGAGCCCGAGAGCCUGACCCGCGUGGACUUCAGCAGCUCCGUGCUCCCCACCGACUCCGAGGGCCUGGCCGUCAUUCUGCACGAAGACAGAGAGGGCGCUGCGCGGGCCGCGGGCAGGCCAGCAGGUCGCCCAGCUUACACCAGCUUCUACGUCUACUGCAAGGCCCCCUGCCAGCGGGUGCAGCCGGGUAAGCUCCGGGUGCGGUGCGGCACCUGCCAGCAGGCCACGCUCACCUUGGCCCAGGGCCCCUCCUGCUGGGACGACGUGCUGAUCCCCAAGCAGAUGACGGGGGAGUGCCAGUCGCCAGGCUGCCCCGGGACCAGCGCGGAGUUUUUCUUCAAAUGUUCGGCGCACCCGACCUCUGACGGGGAAACCUCGGUAGCUCUGAACCUCAUCACCACCAACAGCCGGGACAUCCCCUGCAUCACGUGCACCGACAUCAGGAGCCCCGUCCUGGUUUUCCAGUGCAACCACCGCCACGUGAUCUGCCUGGACUGCUUCCACCUGUACUGCGUGACCCGGCUCAACGACCGGCAGUUCGUCCACGACCCCCAGCUGGGCUACUCGCUGCCGUGUGUGGCCGGCUGCCCCGACUCCUUGAUCAAAGAGCUCCAUCACUUCAGGAUCCUCGGGGACGAGCAGUACGGCCGCUACCAGCACUACGGCGCCGAGGAGUGCGUGCUGCGCAUGGGCGGCGUGCUGUGCCCGCGCCCCGGCUGCGGCGCCGGGCUGCUCCCCGAGCCCGGGCAGCGGAGGGUCCCCUGCGAGGGCGGCGGCGGCCUGGGCUGCGGGCUCGUCUUCUGCCGGGACUGUAAGGACGCCUUCCACGAGGGGGCGUGCAGCGCCCUGGCCACCGCCUCGGGGGCCGCCGCUCAGGCCUACCGGGUGGACGCGCGGGCGGCCGAGCAGGCCCGCUGGGAGGAGCGCUCCCGGGAGACCAUCCAGCAGACCACCAAGCCCUGCCCGCGCUGCCGCGUGCCCGUGGAGAAGAACGGCGGAUGCAUGCACAUGAAGUGCCCGCAGCCCCAGUGCCAGCUGGAGUGGUGCUGGAACUGCAGCUGUGAGUGGAGCCGCGCCUGCAUGGGCGCCCACUGGUUCGACGUGUAG